AUGCGCAGAAGGCUGGGGCUUAGCUGCCUCGCCCUUCUCGCCUGCUCGCCUGCCUUCCUAGCUCCCCGGGCAGUGAAGGAGGAGGCGCCCAAUGUGGACCUCGGCAAAGUGAGCAUCGAGGAGCUGCUGCCCUCGCUGCCCUUCGAGAGCCGCCGGAACUUGGCGGAGCGGCAAAUCCUGGAGCCCAGCCCGAUUCAGGCUUUGGCCCUACCACACAUUGGCUCCGGCAAGCACGCGGUCCUGAUCUCCGAGACAGGCUCCGGGAAGACCUUGGCCUAUCUGCUGCCUGCGGUGGAGCGCGCCAGGGAGGCGGACGAGGAGGCGGAGCGCACGGGCCCGAGCUCCGUCUUAAUCCUUGCUCCGACAAGGGAGCUGGCAGUGCAGAUCCUUGCAGAGGUGGAGGACCACUGCCAAGGCAUCAUCGCGCUGGUCACUUUGUCGGCGCGGGCAUCCUGGUACACCUUGAUGGACGCCUCUGUGAUAAUCGCCACGCCGGCCGAGUUGCUGGAGGCCUUCGAUCAGGAAGACGCGGAGGAGGUGAAGGAUCUGCUGGGCCGGGUGGAGGUGGUGAUUGUAGACGAGCUGGACGAGCUGCUGCCGAAGAACAAGUACUUCGGCCGGAAGCUGGCAAGGUACCAAGACCCGGGCAUGUGGCCCACCGAGGGCGUCUUGAAGCGUCUCAUGAGGAACAACCAGCGGGAGAGCCUGCAAGUGGUGGCCGCCUCUGCCACAGCCUAUCGCUCCAGCCGUCUGAGGCUGGAGAAGGUGCUCAAGCGAGACAGGCUGCAGCGCUUCCCGAUCCCCUUGCCGCGCAUCGACCCGCAGCGCAGCUCGGCGGCGGUGCUGGAGGCUGCCGCCCAGGCCAUCGAAUCCCAGGCAAACGAUGAGGAGGAGGAAGAGGAGGAAGCGCUUCGGGAGGAGCACCGGGAACAGCAGAGGUACCGGGCGUUGCCGGCAGGUAUCGAGCACUUCACGUGGAAGGUGCCCUUGAGCGGCUCCCACGCAGCGGCUCUGGCGGCGGCACUGGACAUGCUGCGCCCGGAGAGCGCGCUGGUCUUCGUGUGUCCCAACGCCGGGGAGACGGUGCGCAGCGUGGUGCAGGACGAGUUUUCGGAGGGACCCAAAGGAAGAUCAGGGAAACACCACACCACCCAGAACAUGGCCGCCAUGCAGGCAAAGGAGUUCUACGUGACGUGGGACGGAGACCCGGCCACUUGGGCCGACUACACUCGCAAGGUGCGACUGCAAUGGGAAAAGACUCCCUCCUGGAAGCGACUGACUGGAAGAGCAUGGGCCGUGACCUACGAGCUUUCGCACGAGAAGCUGAGCAAGAAGAACGGCACGAAGUACUUGCUUCGCUAUCUGCAAGAUCGACUGUGUCGAACUCCGGUGCCAGAUGCCGGAGCGCGGUUGGAGGACCUUCUCAUCAGGGCUCGCAAGAUGGAGCCGAAGAAGGACCUCACCAAGGCGAUCUUGGACAAGAGCGCCUCAUCCAAGUCAGAACCGCCGCAAGGACACGAACGCCAGUUCAAGAAGGAGAAGCGGUGGCUGAAGAAGAAGUUGUGCGUGACCUUCAUGAAGCUGAACAUGGUGAAGACUGGAAGGAAGAAGAAUGGGAAGAUUGGAGUGGAGGAUGUGCAGGUGCUCCCGGACGAGGUUCUCGGGUGGCUCCUGCUGAGGCGAGCCAACUUGAGCUCUUCAUCCUGGUUGAGCGUACAGGCAUCAGUGCAGAACUCGCUCUCCUUCAGAGCCAUCGAGCGAGCACUUCGAGAUCAAGAAGAAGAACUACUUCAUGUGGAUGCUCAUCGACCCCCUCAACAACAACGGAGACGGACCUACUGGGUCGAGGAGGAAGGUGCGUGGGGCUUGCUUAUGACCCCAGAUGACGCGAUGGAGGAGUUGAGUGGAGAAGUGCACUGGGUUGGAGAUCGACUACCCGCUGAAGUAUAUCCUCAAGCGGCGGAGGAGCACCUCAACGACGAGGUCUACUGGUCCUGGGAUGAUUCCGGGUGGCGCGGCUACCUGCAGGACGACUAUGGGUACUGGGUGGAGACGGACGGCUAUGGCACAUUCUGGGAGCAGAAGGAUCUGGACGACGCCUACGCGGCCUUCGAGGACAAGGCCCGGACCUUCGCGCAGAGUAAGACCUUUCAGAGAGCAAAAGGUGGUGCGCGGGGAUUCUACCCCUUCGGGAAAGGCAAGGGGAAGAAAGGCAAGCAAAAGGGCAACUUCGGGAAGGGCAAGGGCUAUGGUGGCUGGAAAGGUUCAUCGAGCUCGACGAGCACCUCAACCACCCUGGGCAAGCCCUCGAAUGUGCUGGUGACGGAGAGUGCCCUGGCGGUGAACGGCUACACCGCCUGCGGAGACCGGAAUCAUGGUUUUCGCCAGUGCCCAAAUCGGGCGAGCGGAUCAGGGCAGAGCUCCGGAAAGGGGAAGAACGUCUUCUGGAACACCUCAGCGAUGAACGGACGAAUCUACAUGAUCACGGAGCACGAGGAGCAGAAGGUCUUCGUGGGAGGCACGGACAUGAUGAUGGAUGAUCCUGAGCGACCUGGAGGAGUUGUUCGGGAGACUGCCGGUUUCCGGGUGCUGGACAUCGGUGCCACCGAGACGGUCGGUUCCUUAGAGGCGAUCGAGAAACUGUGCCAACUGCGAGGACCGCAUCACGCCAAGGAGAUCAAGGUGAUACCGCAUGGACAGAAGUCGUUCCGAUUCGGGAACAACCAGGUGCAGCGGUCAGAGGGCUACAUCCUGGUGCCUCAGCAGAUUGGACAGCAGUGGUUGCAACUGGGGAUCUUCACGUUGGACGUUGGCCAGAUCCCCAUCAUUCCCCAUCCUCAUCGGAGUGAAGACGCUGACCAAUGGGCGCGAUCUUGGAUGUGGCAGGCCAGUGGAUGGUUUUGA